UGCACAUUCUGCCUAUCUUUUUGAUAACACUACCCCUGAAUCAGACUUGGAUAAAUGGAUAAUUCAAAGCUGCGAAACCACUGGGGUGUGUCCUUCAAAUGGACAGAACUACAUCAAACCCGGGAACAGCUGCGGCCGCAGAUGUUCACAUAUGAUAAGCUUGCGAAUGAUUGUGUUAAGAGACUUAAUGAACUAUCGCCUCCCACCAAAACAAACUCGACUAGUGAAUCUAACCGUCCUCCUAAAAGAGAUCUGUUCGCUCUGCUGGAAAAACAUGCAGAUGACGACUCAAAACUGAAACAACUCUGGACCGAAAUCAAUACUGUCCCAGAAUGGGUUGACUGGGAACAGGUCAAGCGAGGCCAGGAGGUUUUCUUCCGUUACGGUCUUGCGGUGUUGAACGUGCUCAAUUUCGAAAGCCUUCUAGGUGGGAUGGGUUCACCUCGUGUUGUUGAGACUUUAGCCAGAACUGGCGGCUUUUCAGCAACUGUUGUACGACGCAGGUUGCUCGAAACCCUUCAACACGUACUUCAAGUCUCUCUCUCCCUGGACUCCAUCAAGCCUGGAGGCUCUGGGCAUCAAUCCUCUGUUCGAGUUAGGCUGCUACAUGCCUCCGUUCGCUCUAAGAUCCUGGAUCUUGUGGACCAAGACCCCGAUUACUACGAUGUUCAGAACUGGGGUGUUCCAAUCAGUGACCUUGAUUGCAUUGCAACAAUUAACACAUUUUCAACAAGUGUGGUGUGGCUGGGCCUUCCUCGGCAAGGUAUUCGGCUCCGCGAGCAAGAAAUUGUUGAUUACAUUGCGCUUUGGAGACUUGUGGGUUAUUAUAUGGGCACCCCCAACGAGGCUUUUGCAACAACAGCUACUGCAAGAGCUAUGAUGGAAUCUCUCCUUGUUUCUGAAGUCCAUCCAAAGGAGACUGGCAUUGUCCUCGCCAAGAACAUCGUCAUUGGUCUUGAGAACACAUUUCCUACAUUCACUUCCAAGGAAUUUAUGGAUGCCAUGGCCAGACAACUUAAUGGCGACCAGCUUGCUGAUGAUCUUGACAUACCAAGAACUAGCCUAUACUAUCAGAUCCUCAUAUAUGGAUACUGCUUUGUUGUCAUGACUAUCGCUUAUGGGAACCGCUUCUUCCCUGUCUUUGACAAGGCGUCAAUUGCAGUAUCUCUCCCCUUUUAUCUAUGA